AUGAACUCAGAAUCAGCCUACUACAUGCUAUGAUUCACAGCGACCCAAAAUUACUAUUGAAAUAAGCCAAAAUCACUACUCAACAUCCGAUUUUGGAAACUUUGAACUCAAUACAUCAGUUUACUCAAGAAGAAAUUUGGUUUAUUUUUGAUCAGUUUGAUAGCGAAAAGAAAGGAUUUAAGCUCAAAAUCCCUCAACAGAAAUGUUUUAAUUUGAUCAGAAAAAUCAUUUUAUUUUAUUUUAUCAGAAAAUAUGAAUUAA